AUGGGUGUCAAAAGAAUUAAAAUUAUUGGGGAUUCAAACUUGGUGCUGAGUCAAUUACAAGGAAAUUUCGCCGUGAAGGAACCAGCAUUGGCACCAUAUCGUACAGCUGCUGAAAGGCUUGUUCGUUCGUUCAAACAAGUUGUGUUGGAACAUAUCCCGGGAGUCACUAAUAGAUAUGCUGAUGCGUUGGCCACUUUGGGGUCGAGGCUCUCAUUUAUUGAAGAACAGCCCAAUAUUGCAGUAAUCAAGAAGGACACGCCAGUUGUUGAAGCAAUGGCUCAAGAGGAGCAGCUGGAAGAGGAUGACUGGAGGAGGCUUGUGAAAGAAAAAAUAGGCCAAGGAAGCAACAUCAAAGAAUUGAAGGAUUAUGCGAUCAUCUUUGGGGAACUGUACAGACGCCUUCCGGGAGGUAUUUUGACCCGCUGCAUAGGGAUAACAGAAGCACAGGAGAAGCUUCAAGAGGUACAUGAGGUCACUUGCAAUUUGGAGCCAAUAAUCAGCUUGUACCGGCGCCUGCAGCGCAAGGGUUAUUACUGGCCAGAAAUGAGGAAACAAGCAGCUGAAAUACAAGCCAAUUGUCCCAAGUGUGCAAAGAUACCUUCCACCGAGGAAUCAUUCACCGUCUCGUUUGCGGAGGAUUGGAGGGCUCCAUACUUGGCAUCCUUCAUCAAUGGGGUCUUGCCAACCAAUCCCAAGCAUGCACGCAAGCUCAAAAGGACAAUGAAAAGAUACUUCAUAGAUGGGUCAACUCUUUACCGUAAGGGGUUUAAUGGUGAGCCAUUAAAAUGCUUGGGAAAGUCAGAGGCACAGCAAGUCAUGCAAGAGAUUCAUGCUGGAGAAUGUGGUGAGCACCAAGGAAUGAAGAAGCUUUACCGGCAGCUGCUGAGUGUUGGGUAUUAUUGGCCUACAAUGAAGAAUGAUGCAUACGACUUUGUGAAGAGGUGUCACACAUGUCAAGUUCAUGCCAAUUUAAGUCAUAAGCCUCCCACGCUGCUGCAAGACAUGCGCACUCCUUGGCCCUUCCAUACUUGGGGGCUUGAUUUGAUCGGGACUAUCCAUCCACCAUCCGACAGCUACAUAUGGAUCCUCACGGCCACCGAAUAUUUCACAAAGUGGGUAGAAGCGGUUCCCUUGCGGAAGGCCACGGGAGCUGCCGUUGCCAAUUUCAUCCGUUGA